GUGGUUUUUCAUAGUAAAAGGUAGGCUUAUUUGUAAAAUAUAAAUACCGGUAUAAAAGAAACUGAGCGCCGUGGGCGGAGCUCCGGAGUUCAUGACACAACAAGAUCUGGUCGCGCUGUUCUGGCGCAAGCAGCACAUGCACCGUUCCAGGUUUAAAUCGGUUAAGAACCUAGUCCAAUUACCAUGGAGAGAUAUACAAAUCCUUUCCUGCCUGCUCUGCCAUUUCUUAGCAGACAUGGGAAAUAACUCCUUCCCAAGGAUAUAGAAUCAAGACGGCGAACGACACCAUCCAUCAACAAAAAGCGGGCAAGAGAAGAGCAGAAAUAAAUUAUCAGGAUUAAUUAAUUAUACGACCGACUUCUUAAGGGCAGGUUAUAGCGACCUAUACAAUACACCACCAUAAUCAGUAAACUGUUUGUAGUUAACACACAACAUUUUACCAUCGCGUGUACAAGAGUUCUUCCUGCAGACUAUUUCUGGAAUUCGAUCGUAAUCAUGGAAACGUACACUGACGUUCUACUUGUCACCGCAAAUGUUGGUUCAUUAUUCGACAAUGUGGGUGAGAUUGAGAGUGACUGGCUUCGAGAAUUAUUUGGGACUGUCCAGAGUCACAAACCACGCUUCAUCGCCCUGCACUUCCAGGAGAUUGGAGGCAAGGACUACAUGGUCAAUAUGGGCCAUGCGGAGAACUUCUUCUGGAACAUUGAGUCCAGUGAGGAGAUGAGGGACUUUGACAGGGUCUGCAUCUAUGUGGACAACCACUUUAAGAACGUGGACAGCUUCACGGCCCUGGGAAGCAUGUACUUCAUCCACAAGUCAUUGAAAAACAUCUACCAAUAUGAUUUUAAUGUUAAGGAUUUUAAAGCAGUGUCUGGACAAAACAAGUAUGUGGGCUCCCUGGACGGGGUAACCACAAUGGAGAAAGAAAAAUUCCCGAAGAAUUUCUGGCCCGAUUUCAAAUGGUCUAGGAAGGGCUUCAUGAGGACCCGGUGGAUCAUUCACAACCAGGGUCUGGACCUAGUCAACGUACACCUUUUCCAUGAUGCCUCCAACCUCAUUGCCUGUAAUGCCAGUCCCUCCAUCUACUCAGCCAACCGCCAGAAGGCCCUCAGAUAUGUCAUCAACAGGAUAUCAGAGAGCAGCUACACUCCACUCCCCUUCUUCCUGUUUGGGGAUUUCAACUUCCGCCUGGACACCCUUAGCCUGGUCCAGAACUUGUCCACUUCAGCAGAGGUGCAGACAGUGAAGAAGGACAGCAGUAACGAGGUGGAGAAAAUAAUCUGUGAGGAAAAGGACAAUGACCACAAGAUUCUUCUCCAUAUUGAGACCAAGAUGUUUGCCUACCUGCACCAGGCAGUGUUCAGAGAGGACAACGGCAGAGCGAUUUUGAAAUAUGACAAGGAGAUUGCAGCCUUUCAAGAUGUCAUUGCAGAGGAAGAAAUCCUGUUUCCACCCAGUUACCCCUACAGUGAAGACUACACUAAACCCACCCAGUACAUGAACACUCGCUGCCCCUCCUGGUGCGACCGUAUCCUCAUGUCUCACACUGCCCAAGACAUCAUCCACAGGAGGGAUGAGGGAGAGAGCAGCGUGGUUUACAACAUACUGGGCCCUAAUGUCUGCAUGGGCGACCACAAACCCGUUUUCUUGUCCUUUGCACUGAAGACAAAUGGCCAUUGACAAGGAUCUCUCUGUGCCAGUGUCUACCCAACAUUGGUCAUCAGCAUCACACACUCCCACUCCGCUAUCCGUACCAGAGGAUAAACAGAGCAGCUCCUACCCAGUCACGGCACCCAGCCUCUCCCUGAAGUGCAGUCAGUCAGUCAGUCAGUCAGUUUCCACCCAACCAAGUCUCUCACAUUCUAUUCUCCUCUCACUCCAAGUUAUUGAUUGCCAUGACUUGGGUGACAUCAUCACAGAUUUGAUCAUCAGCAUUAUAGAUUUUUUCGACAGACAAUUUGCUCUAUCCUGUGCUUGGCCAUACGUCUUGCCAAGCAGACCCCAAAACAUACACUGAGACGGUAUUUUCUGGGAGUCCUCUCUUCAGUGAUGGAUCGUUGGAAUAGGAUUGCUGGAUGGAAUAGGACCAACGUAAAGACAAUAAACUAUGUGACUGUGGGACUGCUGAUGUUUAGGCCAUGGUCUUGUCAGGGAGGGACCAACUCUCUCACAAUGGGAGGAAGAAGACAUGCGAGGACACACACCCUCUGGCACUCUGCCAAGUAAAUAGCGUGACUUCAGCUGGUCAAACGGUUUUCAAGUGUCAAGGGUUUAUAAUUAAGUAUUGACCUUCAUUCCUUCUGACAUUCCUGAAUGGAAUAUGGAUGCAUGCUUUUCAUUUGUAUUUCAGUAGUCUUUUAUUUUACUUAUUUAUUUUCUAACUGUUUUAACUGUUUACUAUCAAUAUAAGCAUGCUAAAAGAAAACACUCACAAAGACAUUAAACUAAAGCUGCCACAGUAUUUCAAUGCACUGUCAGCAUGUUUGUCAGAAUAGAGCAGUAGCGUAAUACACAUUUCUCUGUGCAUUCUUAUAUUGUGUAGUCUUUUGUUGAAAGCAUACAUUUUACCAGUACAUACAUACUAUCCCAGCUCAUCCUUGAAACAGUGAACUCUAAGAAAACAGUCAAUUUGCCCCCUAAUGCCACGCUGAGGUCAUUUUUCCUAACCGACAAUCUCAAUGGUGUUGUUAUAACUCAGCCCAUAAUGUCAGUAUGAAAUGUGGAAAUGCACCUUCCUUUCCCAUCAGACCUCUGCCUUGGAUUCCCUCAGACUCUAAAGUAUAACAUCUACAUGCUGCUGAAUACUGAUGAUCACAGCUCUGCCUGCCUGCUACCACACUCUGCUGGGUAUACUCUCUGGUGGCUUGUACGUUGACAUGUUAUGGGGUGGGCCUAUGUAAUGUACAAACAUAUGGUUCAACUGUAAGGUUAGUCUACUCUAUUGGACGUCAGAGCAGACAUAGGUGGCUAAAUACUGUUCCACAUUCAGAUAAUAUCAGCACAAAAAGACACCAAGCUUGCCAGAUCAGUCACUGAUAGGAGUUGAUUUUGCUGCUCUCUUAUAAGGCCAUCACGAUUAUGUAGUCUAUUUUCAUUUCUGAUGUGUAUUGCCGGUGGUACAGUAGGUAGCUAUGUUCUUGUUACCAUGAAGUGCUUUAUUCCACAAACUAUGACUGGGUCCUUUAAAGUUGCUCCUAAGAGUUUCAUAAAUAUGUUUUCAUUUGUUUUUAGAGAAUUGAAGAGGGUGCUAAUAGAGAUUUCUCUUGUUCAGGGGAGCUGACGCAAUGUAAUUCUGCUUUUAAUAAUGCCUCCAUUGUUUUACAAGCAGCAUCUUCUGGACUGUUUCAGUUACUGUGAUCAGUUUGACUGUUUACCAAACAAUAACUUGUUUACUAUCCCACUCUUUAAUUUGAAUGUGGAUGUGUCUGGAAUGGAUGUUUAAAACCACAGUCACACAUGCACACGUUCACACAUGCAAAGGUUGAACAAUUUGAAGCUUGACACCUACGUAUUAUUUGUUUGCAGUUAUUUUAUUGAGUAUAUCUCUUUUUCUAUGUUUUAUGUUUAUUUGUGCUGUAGCAACCUCUUCAGAUCUUUGUUCAUUGUCCAUGUUCUGUUUUGUAUUAAAUGGAUGGAUAGUUUGCAUAAUGUUGCUAUAUUAGGACUAAUUCAAAGACUUUUAAAAUAUAAUCAUGGAUUUCUUAUUGAUUAACAGUUGUAUCAAUGAUAUUCAGAAUGCACUUAAAUGAUCAAUGCCUAUUAAUGAAGUUUUUCCAAUGUUGUACUCUUAUUUUGAUGUAGAAAAUGCAUCAUUUGUAAUCAAUCUUCCUCUGUAGUAUGGACUUUGACUGCCACUCAAUCUGCUGUGAAGUAAUUAUAGACUGAUAUGACAACGAUUCAUUAUUUCAAAUGUAUAGAUAGAUUAUCCUUUUAUUCUGGACCCUGUCAAAUGUCCUUAAAUUAGUUUACAAUCAAUAAUGUAUGGGUCUGCGUGGAAAGUGCAAGGCCCACUCAAUAAUAUACUUAUAGUAGUUGAUUCAUGGUAUUGUUACAUUUACAUUUUAGUCAUUUAGCAGAUGCUCUUAUUUUUUUUCCCCGUACUGGUCCCCCGUGGGAAUCGAACCCACAACCCUGGCGUUGCAAACACCAUGCUCUACCAACUGAGCCACACAUAUUGUAAUGCCCUCCAGGGAUUGCUCUUGGUUUAGAGUUCAACAUGAGGCCAGUAGUAUUGUUAGAUGGAGUGGAUUAAUGUCGUUUUUCAAAUUUUCUGGUUCAACACAAAAAAAAACACUACAUUCUUGUAAUGCUUCCAAUUUUGUAAAUAAAUGUUGACCACUGCAAUUACA